UUGCACGCCAACCAGCUAGGUAGGAACUGCAUUUAUCGAUUACAUGAGCAAAGGCUGAACUAUGUAGUUUAGAAGGGGAGAGAGAGAAAACUCCAUUCCCCAAUUCCCCGACUCCGGCGACUCGCCGCCGCCGCCGCCGGACAUGGAGGCGUCGAUCUCGUCGUUAUGCGGCGCCCUGUCCGACGUGCUCGCCCACGCGGACUCCUCCUCCCGCGCGCUCUCCGACGCGCUCUCCCGCCGCCCAAUUCCCCUCGAGUCGGCGACGAGCGCGUUCCUGCAGGGGCUGGACCGGCGGGUGGAGGCGGCUGGCGCCGACCUGGCGCGCCUCGAGUCCAUGGCCUUCGACACCGUCUCCGUCGAGGAGCUCCUCGGCCACUUCCGCGAGGCGCUCGGGAUCGUCUCCCGCCACGCCGACGCCGUCGAGUCCCGUCUCACCUCCUUCGGCUACGUCGCCCCCGAGGUGGAGGAUGAGGCGGAGGAUGGAAAUGAGGGGGAGCUUGAGGUCCCUGAGAAUGGGUGCUUUGGAGGGUCUAGUUCGGUGCUCAGGUCCGGGCGGGAGCGCUUUGAUGACGAUGAUGCGUUAUUUGAUGAUUCCAUGUCAUUAAAGAAUCUUGGGUUUUCUGAUGCUUGUCUAGCCACUCUGUCCUCUCAAGAUAAUGAUUUUUCGGCAAGCCCAAAGAUUUCUGACAGGAAACCUGAAAGUGUUGAUGACGCCCAAGAAAUCACAGAGGCUGAAGAAUUCAUACCUCCCGAAAAAGAAACAGAUGGGCAAGAUGGUGAUUCUUCCCAAGGAAUGAUAAGGGCAUCAAAGGAGCAGUAUGAACAACUUCCUCCUUAUAUGAAGACUCUCGCUUCAUGGGAGGAAUUGCACGACGCGGUUUCAAAACUAAAUUCAUUCUUUGGCGGUGCCAAAUCAGAGGAAAGCGUUGCACUGAAUCAGGAUGAUGUUGGAUCAAUCGGUCUGGGGCGCAAAGGAAGAUCCUACUUGUUGAUUCUUCUGCGGUUGAAUCAACUCACUAUGCAGACAAUUGAAGGCUCGAUCUUCUACACUCUACGCAAGAGCGACUCCUAAGCAAAUUUUCCAGAAAACCGGGCAAAAACGAAGGGAAUAGCUGAUACUACUAUACUGUAUUGUAAUAGCUAUAUUUAUAUUUAUAUAAUAACGUGUGCAAUGUGUUUAAUCGCUGCCUGUUUUUAGAAUAGCGUGUUGUAAUGUAGGUAAUCUGGUGAAGAGCUAGGGUUUGAUGAUUGCUGUAGACUCAAACAUGGAGUGUUUGAAGCUCCACAGCUGUGUUUUAGCCUAUGUGGCUGUAUGAACUGAAGCAAAGUGAAUAUUUUUUAUAAUGAGAAAUCGUGGGAUAGCUCUGUGCUUAUUUCACUUAUGCA